AUAAGUGGGUCCAUCCACAUAAUGAAAUACAGCCAGUUUUAUGUAGACACAGAUUAGAACACCAUUAAGUUUUUUGAUUGAGUAUUUCCCAGUAAAUAUUAAACUUUAACAUUUCUUUUCACGAACUAUUCAUUAUAAAGAGGGAUGGCAGGAGCUUUUAUUUUGAAAAGUGAGAAAUGGAGAGGCUAGGUAUGCCUAACAUCGCCCCCUAGGGAGGUGGUCCGAAAAGGCAGUCUCCAGAAAUCAUCCAUAAUAUGAUGAGUGUCGUUUUUAUGUAUGUUGCCCUUUUCACAGAAAAAAUAAAAUGAACUGCACCAACUGUUGUAUAAAACAUUUAAAGAAUACAUUUUUCACGAUUUUUCCGGUGACAAAUUCGACCUCCAGUUCACUUGGUGGCAGCCUAGACUGUGGUGACACAUAAAGAGAGAACGAGCCGGAGCUGAGAUCACUCUAUAAAUUUACGUUUCCAGGUUUAGACGUUACUCGACUGGCUGCCGAUAAGGAUAGAAGUGGUUAGUCAAAUUAUUCGCUGAAUAAGCCGGUCUCUGUAUAUCAGUAUUCUCGUACGAGGAUACAGCUAGGCUGUCAUCUAGCGCUGUAGCUAGGUUGACUGGGUGACUUUUUCAUUGUGUGAACAUAACUUAGUUGUGUGAGUGGAAUCCUGCAUAGAAUCGUCUGAAUACCAAUUUAGUCAUUUCAAUUAAUGGCAUUCGCCGGAGGUACCCGGUGUAUGCCCAUGGGUGUACGGACAUUAAGUGAGUUUUUUGAAAUUGCCACUUUUCGUCCUGGACGUUCUGGCAGCACAGAGAUAUGUACAGACCGGAUAAGGUGCCCCAUCAGGCACUUGUCUUCAUGUGGAAUCCUAAUGACUAGGACUCCAAGAAUGCUCUGCUUCCAAGAAGUGGAGCUAACUCCCACUCAUCACAGGAGGAGCUUCAUUAGUCUCAGUAAUAAGAGGAAAGAAUAUUCAGAGAGGAGGAUAAUGGGGUAUUCAAUGCAAGAGAUGUAUGAUGUCGUAGCCAAUGUGGAUGACUACAAAUACUUUGUGCCAUGGUGCAAGAAGUCCCAAACCAUCAUGAGAAGGUCUGGUCAUGCCAAAGCUGAGCUUGAGGUGGGCUUCCCCCCUGUAAAUGAGCGAUACACAUCUAUGAUCAGCCAUGUCCGCCCUCACCUUGUCAAAGCAGUUUAUACUGAUGGCAAACUCUUUAAUCACCUGGAAACAAUAUGGCGUUUCAGUCCUGGUAUUCCUGGUUACCCCCGUACUUGCACAGUAGAUUUCUCUAUAUCGUUCGAGUUCCGCUCGCUGCUCCACUCCCAGCUGGCAACAGUGUUUUUUGACGAGGUAGUAAAGCAGAUGGUAGCUGCGUUUGAGCACAGAGCGAACAAACUCUACGGACCUGAGACGCGUAUCCCACGUGAGCUCAUGUUUCAUGAGGUCAGUCAGAUGUGACACACAGAUGUGCCUUGAUGCAUUUUAUCUGGAACUCUCAAUAGAAUUUCAAAACCAUCCUCUACAUCUCCAAACAUUUAUCACAAUCAUCCAUUUAAGGUACCUAAAAAGGUAACUAUUCACUGCACUAUGAUGGAACAGCACGUCCCACUACCUCAGAGAGUGCUUCUACUCUGCAACUCUUCUUUCUGUUUUCUUGAAGCACAAGAGUUUUGAGUUCCUUCUCUAGACUAUUGCACACUCACAGCUCAACAUAGAAAAGAAUGAACUCUGCUGAAAGGCAACUUAUGAUAGGUGUGAUAACUCUGAAUGUUAGCAUUUGGAAAAUUGUACACAGCUACUGCAAAAUGAAUGAGGACCAUGAUCUAGUCUCUAUUGUGUCUUCUGAGUUUCUGUUUUAGAUUCUUUUUGUGACCUUUUGUUGCUUUGUUUCGCACGAGAUGAUUUCAUGUGCAGUUUUUAAAAUGCUUUUACGUUGGUUUAAUUUAGCCCCAGAGUAAUGAAAUAUUAAGAGACCUGCUGUUUACUACCAAAUUAAUCGUAAUAGCUUACUGAAAAUAACAUUACAUAAGUCUAUCUAAUCUUAGUCAGCCUGCAAUAGGGUAUUUAUAAUGAAAACACAGGCAAGUAAAGUUUGAUUCAUUGGUCGCAUAGUAAGUAAUACAAUUGUAUUUGGGCUUAUUUAGUAUUAGCAUUCUAAUUCAUCUUUUAUUGAAUUAUAUGCAUAAAUGAAAAUAACUCAGGGCUUAACAAGGGUCAAGAUGAGCCUUUUGAAUGUGGUCAAAUUCUGAUUGCAACUAAUUGCAAUCACAAGGCUCACGGUGUGCAUGUGCAUGUAAGUACUAUUUCUGUGUGCUACAUUUAGGCUUACCAAUAAUUAGCAUAUCAUGCUAUUCUUUUUUGCAGCAGUAAAAAAUGUACAGUGAUAGUGAAUCUUGUGUUUGGCAUACUGGAUAAAACUUCCUUUCUGUGUGUGUGCAAAUCACAAUGAUCAAUCAGUCAGUAUUUUUACCUGUGCAGUAUUAUUAUUAAUGUUAUACUGAACAUCAAAUUCAGACACUUUAAAGCUGAACUAAUGAACAACCAAUGUGCAUUCAAAUUAAUCACAAUUUUACAGUAGUUAUCCAUGACCAUUAAACUUACUCUAUGCUUUUUAUCCAUCAUGUAGGUACAUAUAUAAAGGCUUCAUUUGAAAAAAUAUUUGUGGUGCCAUGUCCAGCUAUAUACAGUACAGCUGCAGUGAUGAAUCACUGUGGAGUUGAAUACACUGAAUUAAGAGCACUCCAAAAUCUUGAAUAUAAGAAAGAAAACUUGAAAUGGCAUAAAAUCUACACUGUCAGAUACUAGUUUCAUGUCCCGGUUAUUUGACAUUUCAUAACUUUAAGUUACUGAUUUCUGUUUGCCUAUAAAAUACUUCCGAACAACCAAUUUUGUUUGUUCUUUGGCUGUUUUAAUAAUAUAACUACUGUGCUCUGUGGCAUGUACAGUGCUUUGAAAAAUGCAGUGCUGUGCCUUAUUUCCUGUUUUUGCACAUUUGUCACACAGCCAUGUCAGAUCCAAUGUAUAUUGUAAUAUAAAACAAGGAAAUGUGAUUAAACACAAUUUCAAAAAAUCAUUUCAUUUAUUGAAGGAAGACAGUUUUGUCACCCCUAUACUACCCAUGUGAAAAAGUAUUUGCCCCCUAAACUUAAUAACUUGCGCCACCUUGAGCAAUAGCUGCAACCAAAUGCUUCUUAUAACUGGAGAUCAGUCUUUCACAUUACUGUGAAGGAAAUUUUUCUGCUCCUUUUUCCAGAAUUGCUUUCCACAGAAUUCCACAAUAUAGGGCUUUCAAACAUAAACUGUCUGUUUAUAGUCCUGGCCCAGGAGGUUCAAGUCAGGACUUUGACUAGGCCACUUAAGAACAUUCAUUUAAUUUCUUUUGAACCAUCCAUCAAAGAUGGAUUUC